AGCCUUUUAAAGAAACCAUAAUUUUAUUGUAAAAAAAUUUCAGCCGUUUUGAAGUCGUCGUUUUAGCCGGCUCGAUUCACACGUACGGAGGCACUAUGUAUGACGUACGCUCUAUCAAAAUUCACCCUGGCUAUGAUCGUUGGACCAGCUUUGUCCAAGACAACGACAUUGCUGUCUGGGAGGUAAAAUUAAAAACCAUAAUUUAACCCUCAAAAAUCGAUUGGAGUGCUCAGAAACUUCUAUCUAUAAUUUUUUGUCUGACUCUCACUUUUGAAUCAUCAGGUGGAUUCACCCUUCAUUUGGAGCGAAACUAUUAAACCUGUGCAGAUUGGAAACAGCAGGGUACAGGACGGGUGGCUCAUGACUGUCUCAGGAUGGGGAAAGACUUAUGUAAUUGGAAAUAUUUGAACUCUAUUAAAUGUUAAUAUACCUUCAAAAUGAUAAUGGCAAAGCAGAACUCAUGGCACCCGGUGCUACCUUAUUACCUGAAGAAGGCAGAAGUGCGAAUCGUGAGCAAGGACAAAUGUAAUGAGCUUUACAUGGCAAAGUUUCAUGUAACCAUCUUUAAAAACAACAUUUGUGCUGGUGGCGAAGGAAAGGACACGUGCAACGGCGACUCAGGCGGUCCCCUGGUCAAGGAUGGCGUGCUGCACGGCGUUGUGUCGUGGGGACCUUCAGAAUGCGGUUUAAUGCCGGGCGUCUACACCGAAGUUGCAUCCUUCGCCAAUUGGAUCAACAGCGUGAUCACCAGUGACAAUGAAUAAUAUAUGUUUAAUUGAAAGGUUAAAUAAAAUCUUUUUUAAUCGCUUUCCUAAUUU